AUGAGAUACCAGGCCGAGUUAAGCGACGUGGGCUUCGUCACAGGCGACUGCCUAGCUCAAGUUAAUGUCGGAGAGAAUGCACAAGCACAUGCAGCUGGUCAGCAUCCAGGAUGGGAGCAGACAUGCUGGGAUAGCAUCGAGCAGACUAUAGACUUGCUAGCGAAAAAGACGAUAAGAGUCGUGCUCAAGGGCGGUGCGCAUAAUCCUGACCGCCUUGCUGAGAAGGUACAACAGCUAGUGUCUAGCAAGGGACUCGAUCUAAAAGUCGCUUAUGUUGUUGGAGAGAAGUUGCUUGAGGAUAUGAAGCAUAUUAGAUUGAAGGGAUUGCCGCCACAUCUAGAUUUUGAUAAUAGCAAAUUGCAGUAUGCAUCAUAUGCUCGAUCUGGUGAAGGAGAAAAGCCCAUCGUUAGCGCAAACGUGUAUCUCGAAGCACAAGAGAUUGCCAAGGGUCUUGAAGAGGGUGCAGAUAUCAUUGUCGUGGGAAGAGUGGCUGAUGCAAAUCCAGUACGUCUCGAGACAGGAACAUGA